UUUGAUUGUUUUCAAACGCUAAUCAGAUCCAACAAUUAUAAUAUGGUCACAUGACUUUUACACCACAGUAUUGUCACGUGAUAUGUUUGGUCACAUGACGUGACUUGCACAUUACGAAUAUGGAGUGGGACAUCGGACUGAGAAAAAUAUGCAUGGUUGCAGUCGUUUUGCACAUCGGUAACUACGGUGUUCUGGCAUUAAACAACCGACCAAUUAUAGGGGUUUUGAGUCAGACUUCAGAUGGUGAUUUCAAACCAUAUGGUGACAGCUACAUCCUCUCUUCCUACAUAAAAUACCUAGAAUCUGGAGGGGCCAGAGUUGUCCCUAUUAGGAUCUACCAAAGCGAUGAUUACUACAGAAGCAUUUUCAAUUCUAUAAAUGGUGUCUUGUUCCCUGGAGGAGGAGCAAAUUUGACUACAUCAGGUUAUGCUCAGGCAGGCAGGAUUCUCUUUGAUUUAGCUAUAGAGGCCAACAAAGCUGGAGACUUCUUCCCAGUGUGGGGAACAUGCCUGGGAUUCCAGUUCCUAACAGCUCUUGUUGCAAAGAAAGUACUACUGGGCCACUUUGAUGCUGAAAACUUGCCACUGCCUCUUGAUCUCAUUUCUCCAGAUUACCAAAAGAGUGAAAUUUUUGGCCAAGCACCUCAAGAAAUUAUUGAUGCUUUGAAGACAGAAAAUGUUACAGCCAACUCUCACCAGUUUGGGAUCACUCCAGAGGUAUUCAAGCAAAAUGAUGACCUGAGAAACUUUUUCAGAAUUUUGUCAACAAACAAGGAUCGAAAAGGGGGUGUAUUUGUGUCAAGCAUGGAAGGUUAUAAGUACCCAGUCUGGGGUGUGCAAUUUCAUCCGGAGAAGAACGUCUUCAUCUGGUAUGAAAAGUACAAAUGGCUCCACAACGAGGAUGCUGUCAAAGUCACGCAAUAUUUUGCUAAUUUUUUUGUUAAUCAAGCCCGACAUAACAACCACUCAUUCUCCAGUGAGGAAGCUGCAGCUGCCGCUGUCAUAGAAAACUACAGUCCAGUCUACCUCAAAUCUUUCUACCCUUACGAGUCCCUAUAUGUCUUCAAUUUUACCUCAAACGACAAUACGAUAAAUGUAGUUAAUCAGCUGUGAUGUGAG